CAUAUGUUACUAGUCAAUCUUAAAGUGUUGUUUGUUUUCUUCUUGUUUAUAAAAUAAGAAAUUAAAUAUGUCGGGGUCGUCUUCAGAUUCAGAAAUUACUGCAUGUAGUUCUAAAUUUGAUCCUGUUAAAGCACUCUAUUCUGACAAACUAAAGUUACCGGUUGCCGGUGCGCCAUUGUACGAAAACAUUCAGCAGUUCGAAGCUGCCGUGCAGAAACAAGAAGAUAUUAUUCCAGUAGGUCUUGGACAUCUUGUAAAAUUGAGGGAAGAAGAGAAACAAAGAAAGAAAUUAGAAGAACAACAACAAUUAGAGGAAAAAAAUAGACAGCGUUUUGCAAAAUAUGAAGCUCUGUUGCCGACGAAAACGGAAAGGAAAAUAAGGAAUGUGCUCACGCGCAUAGAAUAUAUACAGGGACCUCUCGCAGCGUUAAAAGACUGUGUAGAGCAGCGGGUGAGGGUUAAGAUAAUAACAAGAAAUGACACCGGGAUUAGAGGUUAUCUCCAAGCAAACGUUAUUGCGUUUGACAAGCAAUGGAACCUAGCACUAACGGAUGUCCUUGAGGUUUGGAAGAGGAAGGGACCCAGGAAGAGGAAAGUGCCACCUGGACUCGGAAACCCUGUAAGAAAGGGCACGGCAGCUGCUAUUUCCCCAAUCCCCGUGGUAAUGGAAAAACCAUUGGGUGGUGGUAUUUGGGAAUGCUCCAGGCAUAUUCCACAAUUAAUGGUGCGCGGGGAACAUAUCGUAAUAAUUAACAUUGUUGAGAGAUAACCAAUCUAUGUUUAAAUAGUAAAUUUGUGUUACAAUUAUCUUACUUUGAUAACACAAAGUUAGGUUAUGGUUAAAGUGAAAUAAAUUUGUUUAUACAUA